AUGCCGGGUGAUACCUUCUCCUUGAACGAAGGUACCAAUCUAAGCGGAAAGCAACCCUUGUUUGAGCUGAAAGAUAUGUCUACUCCACCAGUUACUCCUAAUCCUACAACAUCAUCAACAACGCAAAGCAAGAGGGAAUUAUUGUCUGCACAUACUAACUCUAACUCGAUACAUUCUACUUCUGCAAUCACCACAACAAGCGUGGAAAUACAACACGAACCGAGCCGAGACAACAAUAAUCACGGAGAUGCUUCUCAUAAUACUCAAAACAACAUCAUACAUUCAUCCAUGAACCAUACAAAUAAUAACAACCAACAACAACAGCCAACAAUUCAAAACACAACAACAAAUCAACAACAAACAGUAGUCCAUGUACCUUCUUCAUCAACAACAGCCUUUCCCGGUAAUAUUGUAGAAGCAGCACAUGAAGAAGAUGAUGAUGGAAGCAACUCAGAUGCGCAUCUCAAACAUUCAUCACGGCUCCGACGAUUUCUCUCUCUUAUAUAUUCCAAAUCUUCUUCCUUCUUGUUGGGGUAUAGAUUUGUAAACUUUCCAGGUUUGCGAGCACACAAUAGCAUUAAGGAUCCAUACGAACGACUAUCCAUCGCAUACUAUUCUGUCUACUUUGUCUUUUACCUCUUCUUUUCGAUAUCAAUGAUCAUUCAACAACUCAUACGUUUUAAAACCCUUUCCCUUCUCUAUAUAUUAGAUGCUACUUUCUCUCUGGUUGGAUUCAUUCUCUUCCGUUCUCCUUUUCCCCAUGCCUAUCUCUAUGUUUUUCUUGCCUACCUGUUCUCUGUUCCUUUUGUCCUAAUUAACCUUGUUUCUUCUUCCAUUGACACCAACUCCAUCCUUUCACUAUUAAUUUUCCAACAAAACGACUUUGUUGCUUAUCAACAUCUAAUUCUAGCCACUAACCUGAGAGUAAUCAUAUUUCCAACAAUAUUUGCAGCCAUUGGUCUGUCUAGUACUAAAACAUUGAUAGUAGCCAUCAUUGGUUAUAUACUAGCUUUCAUACAAUUUGGAUGGCUGGGAGGUAUAAUGCAAGGUCUAAAGCUAAAUUACGGGGAUUACUUUUGUGAUAUUUUGUUUAUUUCAAUACCCUAUGUCGUUGCUAUAUUAAUUUUAAACAAUAUGCAUCAAGCAUUUAGAUCCCAGAUCAAAGAAGUAGAAACAAGACUUUCUAACAUGCUUAAUAUCACAAAUGAGGCAAUAAUCAUUCAAAGUAGAAGGAAAAAGAAAAUUAUUUACGUUAAUCUUGCCUUUGAAAGAAUGUUUGGGUAUGAACAUGAUGAAAUUGUCCAUGCCAACAAGAAUAUACUGGAUUUGUUAGUAGGCCCUCCAGUAAUAGCAACUGAUGAAUGGACGCUAUGUAAAGCAAGAACGAAGCUUGGAGAUAGAUUUGGAGUUGAGGUUACUCACAAAGUGGAUUUCUUAAGUUCUAAAAGGUCGAUGUUUUUAUUGUAA